CAGGUUUGGCAAACCCUCUUUAUCGCCGGUGUGGUCGGAUUCACCAGGCUGAGGGACUGGCCCUGGACGCACACUGUUUUUUUCGUGCUGCAUGGGCUCGUCAUGCUCAUGAAGCAGCACUCGUACGCUUUCUACAAUGGCUACCUGAGUUCCCUGUACAAACAGCGAGAGCUCCUACUGGCUAGGAUCAAGGAGUUGGAACGAAUCUCGCCCAUCUCCUCGCCGUCGGCUACUGAGCCGCCCGUCUCGGAUAUCCACACGGCUCACCUCGCCAAGGUUCCGUCGGCGAGAGAGAGGCGGCAGUCCCUGCCGGCCGAGAACAUCCUGGACGCCGAGAAGAUCGUCGCGGCCAUCGACUCGGGCGAGCCGCUGGACCAGGAGCAGGUUCGCGUCUUUGAGGAGGUGUUGAAGUGGGAGGUGGACGCCCUGUCGGACGAGCUCAGGGGCAAGUCGACGGAGCCCGGCCGCGAGUACCCCAACAACCUGACUCUGCGCAACCAUUACGAGUACAUCGUGCUGCCGACGGUGGUUUAUGAGCUUCAGUACCCCCGCUCCGGAUCCAUCAACUGGUACUACGCCGCCGAGAAGGCGGCGGCCUGUUUCGGCAUCAUCUUCGUCAUGAUCAUGAUCUCGCAGGCCUUCAUCUACCCGGUCGUCAUGGAUACGGUGCGCAUGAAGGAAGAGGGCGUCCCGCUGGCCGGCCGGUUCCGCCAGUUCCCCUGGAUGCUCCUGGACUUGAUAUUCCCCUUCAUGAUGGAGUAUCUGCUGACCUGGUACCUCAUCUGGGAGACCAUCCUCAACUUCCUGGCCGAGCUGACCUACUUUGCCGAUCGCGGAUUCUACGGCGCCUGGUGGAACUGUGUCUCGUGGGAUCAGUUCGCUCGGGACUGGAACCGGCCGGUGCACAACUUCCUGCUGCGGCACGUCUACCACAGCUCCAUCUCGGCCAUGAAGGUCGACAAGCACACCGCGACCCUCAUCACUUUCUUUCUUUCGGCCUGCGUCCACGAGCUGAUCAUGUGGUGCAUCUUCAAGAAGCUAAGGGGCUACCUGCUCUUCCUGCAAAUGUGCCAGCUACCUCUGGUGAGGCUCAGCAGGACGAAAUGGCUGCGCAACCGGGCGACCUUGGGCAACGUCAUCUUCUGGCUGGGUAUCUUCACGGGACCGAGCAUCCUCUGCAGCUUGUACUUGAUUUUAUGAAUGCGAUUCCCACCCUGUGUCGGUUAUCUUAGUGGUAGACCUUUGUACGGAGUACCGUAUAAUAUAACAUUUGUGAUGUAUAUAUCAGAC